UUCAGGUAGUAUAUAGAGGGAAUUGCUGCUUUGAGUUUGGACACUCGUUUAACCUGUUUGCAGUGUGACAGAAGAUUUAAAAGAGCGAUAAGUGUUUUACAAAGCUUUAUUUCGCUUAAGACAUACCAAAACAUCGUGUGGAAAAACGAGCAUACAAAGAGUGAUAUGAAGAAGGUAAAACUGUGACAGUGGGAAUUAAACAUAAAAAUAGCUCCGGUGACGACAGGAAUAUCUAACCUUAUGCCCUCGGCUACCGGAACUGUGAAGCAAAAUAGAUAAAGUACUUUGGAUUUGUGUGGAUGAUAUUACGUCAAACAUCCUUCCAGAAGAACUACAUAAUUGAAGUCCUCUUUGAAAGUAGUAGAAUAGAUUAAAACAUGCAAUGAAGUUCCCAAGAAAUAUUCAGUCGCUGUUGCUGCAAGAAAAGGAGGAACUAACCCUAUAGGGCAGCAGAAGGGUGGGGCGACUAUGCCCAGUAAUGAAGAAUGUGGGAUCCGAGAUGUUUGGGGUCAUAAUCUCGAAGAAGAAUUUCGAACAAUUCGGCAAGUCGUACAACAGUAUCAAUAUAUUGCAAUGGACACUGAAUUUCCUGGAGUAGUUGCUAGGCCCAUUGGUGAAUUCAGAACUAGUGCUGAUUAUCAGUAUCAGUUAUUACGAUGUAAUGUAGAUCUCUUACGAAUAAUUCAACUCGGUCUUACAUUUCUCGAUGAAUCGGGAAAUACACCUGGUGGUAGUUAUACGACAUGGCAAUUUAAUUUCAAAUUUAAUUUACAAGAAGAUAUGUAUGCACAAGAUAGUAUAGAUAUGUUGCAAAACAGUGGUAUACAAUUCAAAAAACACGAAGAAGAAGGCAUUGAUCCAUUAGAUUUUGCUGAACUAUUAAUGACAUCGGGAAUUGUUCUUGUUGACGACAUAAAAUGGUUAUCCUUUCAUUCUGGUUACGACUUUGGCUAUCUAUUAAAACUUCUUACAGACCAAAAUUUACCACAGGAAGAAAGUGAAUUUUUCGAACUUCUUAGGAUAUAUUUUCCAACAAUAUAUGAUGUAAAAUAUUUAAUGAAAUCUUGCAAAAAUUUGAAAGGAGGCCUACAAGAGGUAGCAGAACAAUUGGAAAUUCAAAGAGUUGGACCACAACAUCAAGCUGGAUCGGAUUCGUUACUUACCGGAAUGGUUUUCUUUAAAAUGCGAGAGAUGUUUUUCGAGGAUAACAUUGAUGAUGCAAAAUAUUGUGGUCAUUUGUAUGGUUUGGGAACAUCAUUCGUUGUAAAUGGUUCAGGAGGAUAUCUAGACAGUAAUGGAGAUAAUUCUUCGUCUUCGUAAUGUUAAAAGCUAUCACAUCUCAGUCGGAACAGAUUAUUUCAUUACAAAUAAAAUGUUAUAAAUAAUGUUUCACUUAAUGAUCAAGCGUAUAGUUCAUAUUCACAAUAUUACAUUCAAAUCACUGCUGUAGAUUAUAAAAUAUCACUAAUUGAAAAUGAAAUUAGGAAGAUUUUUUCAUAUUUGUGCAUUUUUUGUAUCCUCGAAUUUGAGUCGAAUUUCGUAGGUUUCUCUUCUGUGAUACGUGCUAUUAAUCGAAAAUAUUUACAAUACUGAACAACAUAAAAUAUGUAAUAUAGUUUCUUUACAAGUGUUUAUGACAAUAUUGGUAUACAAGAUACAAUUGCAGUACAAAAGAAAAAAAAAGGAAACAAAUCUACUUUUAAGAAUUUUGCAAAAUCUCUAUUGGGAUAUGGAAGGUUGGUUAAGUAUAACAAAAAAAAAAAAAAG